UCCGAUUUAAUCCUCUUUCAUUUAUAAGCCAUUAGAUGGGAGUUGGAUUUUUCUUUUUCUCACCCAUUUCUCACUCUCUCUCCUCAGUCCUCACUCAUUCACUCUCUCUCUCUCCUCGAACUCUUCAGUUUCAUAUUCAACUACAGUUUUAAUUUAGGAAAAAUGAGAGAAAUCCUUCACAUUCAGGGAGGUCAAUGUGGUAACCAGAUUGGGUCUAAAUUUUGGGAAGUAGUGUGUGAUGAGCAUGGCAUUGACCCCACUGGAAGGUAUGUCGGUACAUCUGACCUGCAAUUGGAGCGUGUCAAUGUCUACUACAAUGAGGCUUCAUGUGGAAGAUUUGUUCCCCGUGCCGUGUUGAUGGAUCUUGAGCCAGGUACCAUGGAUGCUGUUAGGACUGGUCCAUAUGGCCAAAUCUUCCGCCCUGACAACUUUGUCUUUGGACAAUCUGGCGCUGGUAACAACUGGGCUAAGGGUCAUUACACCGAGGGUGCUGAACUUAUUGACUCUGUUCUUGAUGUUGUGAGAAAGGAAGCUGAGAACUGUGACUGCCUUCAAGGAUUUCAGGUGUGCCACUCUUUGGGUGGAGGAACGGGUUCUGGUAUGGGUACCUUGUUGAUCUCAAAGAUUAGGGAGGAGUACCCUGACAGGAUGAUGCUCACCUUCUCUGUUUUCCCAUCACCAAAGGUUUCAGACACAGUGGUUGAGCCAUACAAUGCCACUCUCUCUGUUCACCAACUUGUUGAGAAUGCAGAUGAGUGUAUGGUGUUGGACAAUGAAGCACUUUACGAUAUUUGCUUCAGGACCCUCAAGCUCACUACACCCAGCUUUGGUGAUCUUAACCACUUAAUCUCAGCCACAAUGAGUGGUGUCACUUGCUGUCUUCGUUUCCCUGGUCAAUUGAACUCUGACCUUCGCAAGCUUGCAGUGAACUUGAUUCCCUUCCCCCGUCUCCAUUUCUUCAUGGUUGGAUUUGCCCCCUUGACCUCACGUGGCUCCCAGCAGUACCGUGCACUUACUGUCCCUGAGCUUACCCAGCAAAUGUGGGAUUCCAAGAACAUGAUGUGUGCUGCUGAUCCCAGGCACGGGCGAUACCUCACCGCCUCAGCCAUGUUCCGUGGCAAGAUGUCCACUAAGGAGGUGGAUGAACAGAUGAUCAAUGUUCAGAACAAGAACUCAUCUUACUUUGUUGAGUGGAUCCCUAACAACGUGAAGUCCAGUGUUUGUGACAUCCCACCUCGUGGUUUGAGCAUGGCCUCAACUUUCAUCGGGAACUCAACUUCCAUUCAAGAGAUGUUCAGGAGAGUAAGCGAGCAGUUCACAGCUAUGUUCAGGAGGAAGGCUUUCUUGCAUUGGUACACUGGAGAAGGUAUGGACGAGAUGGAGUUUACCGAGGCAGAGAGCAACAUGAACGAUCUUGUCUCUGAAUACCAGCAAUACCAGGAUGCUACCGCUGAUGAGGAAGAGUACGAGGAUGAAGAGGACGAACUAGAUCACAUGUGAGGAAGAAGAGCUUAAUUAAAUUGGUCAUAAAUGUCGAUGUGUUUACCCGUGGAUGAUUUGUGUGUAUAAGGAGGGGAGAGUGGUAGAGAGAUUGGGGGUGGGCCUGGUGCAUAGUAUUUGGUCAUGUUAUAUCUUCUAGCAUUAAGAUUUAUGGUAUGUAGUCAUAUUUGAUAUUAAUCAUGGUUUGAUGUUGCUAUGCCCAAUUUACUUUCUGGGAUUUUAUCUGCUCUAUACAACCAAUUGGUUGUCAUAUUUUGUAUUGUAAUGUUGCAUUCCUUCUCUUUUUGUUUGGUUAAUAUUUGCGUGAA